AUGCGAGACCCUCUGCAUCUACCGAGAGGCGGUGCCGUAAGCGAAUCAGGACCCGUCCUUGCCCAAGAUCGCGUGGCCUGGGGCAAGAUGAUCGGCUGUGCCGACCGGGUAUCAAGGCCCACCUCGACCCUGAUGCGUCCGUCCGACGGGUGUACCGAUCAUUUGAAACGGCGCGACAGGGUCAAGCAGCAGCAGCAGCAGCAGCAGCAAUGCUCCCUGAUGGCGUCACUCUUUGACUGCGGCUCGAGCAUCAAAAUGCGGUUCAUCCACAUGUUCAGUGCGGAGAUUUUUGAGACGUCGCCUUGGGCACAACUGAUGGACUCCACCGACGUGCCCGAGUCGCAUCGCCAGUGA